AUGCGAACGUACCUCGUCGAGAGCGGGUACCCCCAGGCGGCCGACAUGCCGGGCGACGUGACAGGAGGGCAGCUGCGCUACCUUUGGAAGCAAACAUCCGGCGCAAACCCGUCUGCCGCCCCGACGACCCUUCAGUACGACGACUCCGGCGCUCCGAUUCGGCCCAACAUCCUUCGCAUUCGCGACGCCGCCACGAGGACGAGCCUGGUGAGGCAGUACCUCAUCGCGAGCGGCCAUCCCGAGGCGGCCGACAUGGCAGGCGACGCGAGUCGGGGGGCGCUGCACAACCUGUGGAGGCGGACCUCCGCCGCACGCCAGUCACGGCUUCGCCACCGCGACGAGGGGCGCCAGCGCAGCGCUGUGCGGCGCGAGCAGGAUCGAGAUCGACCGUCCGGAUACCUCAAGGCGCGCAAUAGCACGGCGCGGCCCGUCCGGGAGGGCGAAACUCCGGUUCCGGCUGCGGGCGCCAAGGCGAUGCUCAGGUACGACCCCAAGGCGCACGAGGCCGCUGCGUACGUCGAUCUUGGCAGCCUCACGCCCGAUGACCCCGCCGACUGGCGUGUCUGCACGUACUGCAAAGCCUUGCUAUGGCCGGACGAGGCGCUUCGCGCCCAGUGA